CGGUGGCCGGGUCUUCCUCCUCUUGCCGCGGGGCCAGAUCCCCCGACGGUAUCCAGCUGCGUUUAAGUCUGGCCGGUGCCACCUGUCUCCGCAAUGCCCCCCAAGAAACAGGCUCAGGCCGGGGGCAGCAAAAAGGCGGAGCAGAAAAAGAAGGAAAAGAUUAUCGAAGACAAAACUUUUGGUCUAAAGAAUAAGAAAGGAGCAAAGCAACAGAAGUUUAUCAAAGCUGUCACUCAUCAGGUUAAAUUUGGUCAACAAAAUCCACGUCAGGUAGCACAAAGUGAAGCUGAGAAGAAAUUGAAGAAAGAUGACAAGAAGAAAGAAUUACAGGAACUAAAUGAGCUCUUCCAGCCUGUAGUUGCUGCUCAAAAAAUUAGUAAAGGUGCAGAUCCCAAGUCCGUAGUAUGUGCAUUCUUCAAGCAAGGACAAUGUACUAAAGGAGAUAAGUGUAAAUUCUCUCAUGACUUGACUCUGGAGAGAAAAUGUGAAAAGCGGAGUGUUUACAUUGAUGCAAGAGAUGAAGAACUUGAAAAGGAUACUAUGGAUAAUUGGGAUGAGAAAAAGCUGGAAGAAGUAGUGAACAAGAAGCACGGUGAGGCGGAAAAGAAAAAACCAAAAACUCAAAUAGUAUGCAAGCAUUUCCUUGAAGCCAUUGAAAACAAGUAUGGCUGGUUUUGGGUUUGCCCUGGAGGGGGCGAUAAUUGCAUGUAUCGCCAUGCACUUCCUCCUGGAUUUGUGUUGAAAAAAGACAAAAAGAAAGAAGAGAAAGAGGAUGAAAUUUCAUUAGAAGAUCUAAUUGAAAGAGAGCGUGCUGCCCUAGGCCCAAAUGUUACCAAAAUCACUCUAGAAUCUUUUCUUGCAUGGAAAAAAAGGAAAAGACAAGAAAAAAUUGAUAGACUUGAACAAGAUAUGGAAAGAAGAAAAGCUGACUUCAAAGCAGGCAAAGCACUAGUGAUCAGUGGUCGUGAGGUAUUUGAAUUUCGUCCUGAAUUGGUCAAUGAUGAUGAUGAAGAAGCAGAUGAUACCCAUUACACCCAAGGAACAGGUGGUGAUGAGGUUGAUGAUUCAAUGAGCGUUAAUGACAUAGAUUUAAGCCUGUACGUCCCAAGAGAUGUAGAUGAGACAGGUAUUACUGUAGCCAGUCUUGAAAGAUUCAGCACAUAUACUUCAGAUAAAGACGAAAACAAAUUAAGCGAAGCUUCUGGAGGUAGGGCUGAAAAUGGUGAAAGAAGUGAUCUGGAAGAAGACAAUGAAGGGGAAGGGCAGGAAAAUGGAGCCAUUGAUGCCGUUCCUGUUGAUGAAAAUCUUUUUACUGGGGAAGAUUUGGAUGAACUAGAAGAAGAAUUAAACACACUUGAUUUAGAAGAAUGACACCAAGCAAGUCAAUGACAAAAUUAAGUCAGCUCAACGUGAGUUGAAAUUGACUACAUUAAUUUUUUUCCGCCUAGAAUCAACAGGAUGUUUGUUUCUCAUGCUGAUUCUGGAGGGUUUGUUCUCCAAAAAAGGAAUAUUCUCCCUACGUCUUCUCUUCUGA